AUGGUGAUGAACAACACUCCAGAGAUCAUGGGUCGUGGUGUGAGCAGUGGUGGAGGGCAGAGUUCACUGGACUACCUUUUUGGAAGUGGAGGUGAGCCAAAGCCCAAUGCAGAGUCUCCUCCAACAGACGUUCAUGUUGCUGCCACUGAGCCACCUCCGCCUCCUAAAACUGCCGCCCCUAUAACACCACCAGAUAUUACAAAACAGAUUCCAGCUGGUAUCCAAAGCAGCAAGCUUAACAACUACAUCCGAGCUGAUGGGCAGAAUACUGGCAACUUCAUCACGGAUCGUCCUUCGACUAAGGUUCAUGCUGCUCCAGGUGGAGGGUCUUCCUUGGGAUACCUGUUUGGUGAUGGGGCAAGCAUUUGGAUCGGACCGGACCAACUCUUGGAUCAGAUCAGUUAUGUAGAAAUUGAUGGACAUUUGAUCAGAUUUGUUGAGGCUUAUCGGUUCCUACUCUUUCUUUUUGAACGUAGGGUGAACGUUUGGACCGGACUAGACCAUCUCUUGAAUCUGACCGGUUUUGCAGAAAUUGAUGGACCUUGGACCGGACCUAUUGAGGCUUACCAGAAACUGGUGGAUCAUGGACUAGACUUGUUGAGGUUUACUAGGUCUAGGUUUAGCCUUUUGGACCGGAUCGGUUUUGCAGAAAUUUGUGGAUCUUGGAUUGGACCAGUUGAGGCUUACCAGGUUCAGUUUGGUCGGUCUGGACGUCCAAAUGUUCACCGAUAUACCAAACACAUAUUUAACAAGUAG